CAACAAGGAACAGGCGGGCUCGUUGAGCGAAGCCAUCGAUUACUAUCGGAAGGCGUACAAACUAGAUGAAAAGGUGGAUUUGCGCUACCGCGAGAACCUUGUGAAGAACCUGCCGGUGCCGGAAAAGCGCAAGGACGGCUCUGUGCACAACGGGUUUACGAAGCUGGAUCUCAGCAAAAUAAAAGUCAAGCCGUUGCUAGAGUCUUUUCACGAUGCCGUUCUACAUCCCAUAGACGAGGACAAGCCCCUAUGGCUGGAGAUUUUGCCGGAUGAGGUCAUCAUUAAUAUUCUAGAGAUUCUAGUCGGCAGCGACACACCGUCGUGGUUCAAUUUUGCCAUGUCGUGCAGAAAGCUUGCCUGGCUAGGGUUCGGCCAGGCUGCCUGUUGGAGACGGCUGUGCAUGCUGGUGUAUCCGAAGCAGGUGUACGACGACUCAGAAAGGGUACUUAACGGCGUGACAGCGGAUCAGUGGCAGAUGGUGCAGGUCUGGGACCACAGCUGGCACAAGAUGCUGAGUGAGCGGCCGUUCAUCAAGUUUACCGGGCUAUACAUUAGUGUGGUGAACUAUCAGCGCGAAGGCGGCAGGGCAGAAUUUUCCAACCAGUGGAACCUGCCGUUCCGCAUGAUAACGUACUAUCGCUACUACAGAUUUUUCCCGGACGGGAGCUGCCAAAAAUUGCUUACGAUAAUGCAACCCCAGGAAGUUGUGCCCAGGUUCUACAGAAACUGGAGACAGCUUUUUGGAACGAGCGAGUGGGAACGGGUGUACGAAGGAACAUGGUCGAUGACUAUUGACGGCCAUGUGCGAUGCUAUUGCAAAGGACCAGUGCCGAUGUACACGUUUGUAGACGAGUUGCAGAUCGUCAACGGUGGUAAGUACGCACGACACCACAAGCUGAAUUGGAAGCGCAUGGGUUUCGUCAACAAGGAGACUCUGGACGAGGGCGAUCUGGAUACCAGCAAUGAGCGCAGUUUUGCGUUCAGCAGGGUCAAAUCAUACAGCGAGCACGAAACGCGUGACGUUAUAGAAGAUAUACAUAGUAUUUAAACUAAAUUUUUCCGGUUCCCCAGAUCGGCCGCAAGGUUCAUCGGGUCUCCGGAGAACC